UCGAUGAGUUGUCAGGUAAACAAAUUCACGCUGUCACACAAAACUGAAUCAAUUUGAAACUGAACCCAAAUAACAAGCAACAAAGAAGAAGAGAAAAAGAGCAAAUGAUAGCAACCGAAGGAAUCGAAGACGAAGAGAAAUGGCUAGCGGAAGGCAUCGCCGCUAUUCAACACAACGCAUUUUACAUGUCUCGUGCUUUGGAUUCGAAUAAUCUUCGAGAAGCAUUGAAGUAUUCUGCAUUAUUAUUAUCUGAGCUCCGGACUUCGAAACUUUCGCCGCACAAAUACUAUGAGCUCUAUAUGCGAGCUUUUGAUGAAUUGAGGAAGCUGGAGAUGUUCUUCAGAGAAGAAGAUAGACAUGGUUGUUCAGUUAUUAACUUAUAUGAACUCGUUCAACAUGCUGGAAAUAUAUUGCCUCGGUUGUAUCUCCUAUGUACAGUAGGAUCUGUAUACAUCAAAUCAAAAGAGGCUCCUGCUAAAGAUAUUCUCAAGGAUCUUGUUGAAAUGUGUCGUGGUGUUCAGCAUCCGACACGUGGUCUCUUCUUGAGGAGUUAUCUUGCUCAAAUUACCAGAGACAAAUUGCCAGACUUAGGUUCUGAGUAUGAAGGAGAAGGCGAUACCGUCAUGGAUGCUGUAGAUUUUGUGCUGCAGAACUUCACAGAGAUGAAUAAACUUUGGGUUAGAAUGCAGCAUCAUGGACCUGUCAGGUUGAAAGAGAAACUGGAAAAAGAAAGGAGCGAACUUCGUGAUCUUGUCGGGAAGAAUUUGCACGUUCUUAGUCAGAUAGAGGGUGUUGAUCUUGAAAUGUACAAGGAUGUGGUUCUGCCCAGAGUUUUGGAGCAGGUUGUCAAUUGUAAGGAUGAGAUUGCCCAGUAUUAUCUGAUGGACUGCAUAAUUCAGGUCUUUCCAGAUGAGUACCACUUGCAGACACUUGAAACCUUAUUGGGUGCUUGUCCGCAACUCCAACCUGCUGUUGACGUUAAGACUGUGCUGUCACGAUUGAUGGACAGAUUGUCAAACUAUGCUGAUUCAAGUCCCGAAGUGUUACCUGACUUCCUUCAAGUUGAAGCAUUUGCCAAGCUAAGCAGUGCCAUCGGGAAGGUCAUUGAUGCACAAAUUGAUAUGCCAGUUGUUGGAGCCAUUUCUUUGUAUGUAUCUCUACUGACCUUCACUCUCCGUGUUCAUCCUGAUCGACUAGACUACGUGGAUCAAGUACUGGGAGCAUGUGUCAAGAAACUUUCUGGUAAAGCAAAGCUUGAGGAUAGUAAAGCGACAAAACAAGUUGUUGCUCUCCUGAGUGCACCGUUGGAGAAAUACACUGACAUUGUGACAGUUCUAACUCUUUCAAAUUAUCCACGUGUCAUGGAUCACCUUGAUGCUGAAACAAAUAAGAUCAUGGCGAAGAUAAUCAUUGAGAGCAUCAUGAAGAAUGACACCUGUGUAUCAACUGCUGACAAGAUACACAUGCUAUAUAAUGAUGAACCUGAGGAAAUGUUAAAGAUAAUAUGCACUGUUAGGAAGCAUAUAAUGGCUGGAGGUCCAAAGCGCAUAACUUUCACAGUUCCUCCUCUAGUCUUUUCUGCACUGAAGUUGGUUAGGAGACUGCAAGGUCAGGAUGGAGAUAUGGCUGGAGAAGAGGUUCCAGCUACACCAAAGAAAAUUUUUCAGUUAAUGAAUGAGACUAUCGAGGCUCUUUCAUCAGUUCCAUCGUCAGAACUGGCAUUGAGGUUGUACUUGCAGUGUGCAGAGGCUGCCAAUGAUUGUGAUCUUGAACCAAUUGCGUAUGAAUUUUUUACACAAGCUUUUGUACUAUAUGAAGAAGAAGUUGCGGAUUCAAAAGCGCAAGUGACUGCAAUACACUUGAUAAUUGGAACUCUUCAGAAGAUGACUGUGUUUGGUGUUGAGAACAGGGAUACCUUAACUCAUAAGGCCACAGGGUAUUCAGCAAAACUUCUAAAGAAACCUGAUCAAUGUAGAGCAGUUUAUGCUUGUUCACAUCUCUUUUGGGUUGACGAUCAAGAUGGUAUUAAAGAUGGAGAAAGGGUCUUGCUUUGCCUAAAGCGUUCGUUGCGGAUUGCUAAUGCAGCACAGCAACAGGCAAAUGUUACAAGGGGUAGCAGUGGACCUGUCACACUUUUUGUUGAAAUACUUAACAAGUACCUCUAUUUUUUUGAGAAGGGGAACCCUCAAAUAACACCUGGUGCAAUUCAGAGCCUUAUAGAGUUGAUUAAAACUGAGAUGCAGAGUGACACCACGACCCCAGAUUCUGCUUCGGACGCUUUCUUCACCAGCACAUUGCGCUAUGUUCAAUUUCAGAGACAAAAAGGAGGGCUAAUGGGAGAGAAAUACAAUCCAAUUAAGGUGUGAUACUUUCAUGUUUCUUGUGGCAUGUCAGAUUUGUUGUGCUAAACACAUUGUGCCUAAGCUCUGAAAGUGGAGGAUUCAGUGGUAUCUGAACUACCAAAAUGAGCGUUUCUGCAUUGCUGCUGACCAUCAAUUAUUCUAUCAGCAAUAAAUGCAACAAUUUCCUACAAUCUUACUACUAGACGGUUCAAUGUAAAAUUCUCCUUUUACAGUAAGCUAUUCUUUACCCUACAGGAGGUUGCCUGAUUUCUUUAGGUUGGUGCAUGGAAGGAGAUCUCAGUCUUUGGAGUGUAUAUUAGGAGUUCCUUUUGAUUUAAACUUAUUGUACAGGGCGGGGUCUCUAAAUGAAUAAAGAAAUGUGUAUUUUCUGGUCUUAAAAUGGAUAUUAUUGCUUUGAUAUGGUAUUAACUUUUUGGGUGGAA